AGCAAAUUUUCAAGUAGCACCCGAUCAAAUAAGCUUUCUCCUCUUUCCAGAUUUCCCCGCCGUCCCUCCCUGUCCUAUGCAGCUUGACGCCUCGUCCCUUGCUGCUGCUAUCGCCGCCGCCGUAAUCACCACUGCUGCUGUUUGGAGAUAGGUUAUGAUGGUUAAUGCUACUAAAGGAGUUUUUAUAUCCUGUGACAUACCUAUGGCACAAUAUAUCAUCAAUAUGAAUGCCUCACUGCCUGCGUCUGAGAAGUUCAUUAUCCAUAUCUUGGAUGGUACUCACAUUUUUGUUCAACCCCAUGUCGAGAGUAUGAUACGAAGCCAAAUUGCCAAGUUCAGAGAGGAUAAUACAUACGUCAAGCCUAACUGAUUAUCGACAUCUUCCCUGUUCGUCAAAUAAAAUCUCCCACCGGCUGCAGAGAAUUUGUACUUAAUCGUUCUAUCUUGAUGGUUGCUCGGUUUUGUACCAUUCUCUUAUCAUGUCCUCUUGCAAUGAAAAAUGAUAUAGCUGUUGUCUAACUAGUUUAAUGAGAGACCUGCAAGUUUAUUUUUGAGAA